UCCCUAGAACCACGCCCCAGCAUUCCGCCCCUGACCCGCCCAGCCCCUCUGCCCAGACUGCCCCAGGUUCCUGACGAUUCCGGGCUUCUCCGACUACCCUGGGAACGCUGGCGGCUUCGUCCCCACCCUCGCUGGACCUACACCCGAAGGCUGGCAGCUCCAAAGAUGGCUGCCCAGUGUGUCACGAAAGUAGAGCUGAAUAUUUCCUGUGACAACCUUCUGGAUGCAGACGUUGGGUCCAAGUCGGACCCUUUAUGUGUGCUGUUUCUGAAUACAAGUGGUCAACAGUGGUAUGAGGUUGAGCGCACAGAAAAAGUUAAGAAUUGCUUGAAUCCUAAAUUUUCUAAGACAUUUAUUAUUGAUUACUACUUUGAAGUGGUUCAGAAAUUGAAAUUUGGAAUUUAUGAUAUUGACAACAAAACAGUCGAGCUGAGCGAUGACGAUUUCUUAGGAGAAUGCGAAUGUACUCUCGGACAAAUUGUAUCCAGUAAGAGACUCACCCGACCACUGGUGCUUAAGAAUGGCAAGCCUGCAGGAAAAGGGAGCAUUACGAUUUCAGCUGAAGAAAUAAAAGAUAACAGGGUGGUUUUGUUUGAAAUGGAAGCCAGAAAACUGGAUAAUAAGGAUCUAUUUGGAAAGUCAGAUCCGUAUCUGGAAUUCCACAAACAGACAUCUGAUGGAAACUGGCUGAUGGUUCAUCGAACAGAGGUUAUUAAAAACAACUUAAAUCCUGUUUGGAAACCUUUUAAAAUCUCUCUUAAUUCCUUAUGCUACGGAGAUAUGGACAAAAUCAUCAAGGUAGAGUGUUACGAUUUUGAUAAUGAUGGGUCACAUGAUCUCAUUGGAACAUUUCAAACCACCAUGACAAAACUGAAAGAAGCCGCUAGAAACUCACCUAUUGAAUUUGAAUGCAUAAAUGAAAAAAAGAGGCAAAAGAAAAAAAGCUACAAGAAUUCAGGUGUUAUCAGUGUGAAACAGUGUGAGAUUACAGUAGAGUGCACAUUCCUUGACUAUAUAAUGGGAGGAUGUCAGCUGAAUUUUACUGUGGGAGUGGACUUCACCGGCUCCAAUGGUGACCCAAGGUCUCCAGACUCCCUGCAUUUUAUCAGCCCCAAUGGUGUUAAUGAAUAUUUGACUGCUAUCUGGUCUGUUGGACUGGUCGUUCAGGAUUAUGAUGCUGAUAAGAUGUUUCCGGCUUUUGGAUUUGGAGCUCAGGUGCCCCCGCAGUGGCAGGUAUCGCAUGAGUUUCCAAUGAACUUCAAUCCAGCCAAUCCUUAUUGUAAUGGAAUUCAAGGCAUUAUAGAGGCAUAUCGGGCAUGUCUUCCCCAGAUCAAACUCUAUGGACCAACUAAUUUUUCUCCAAUCAUCAAUCACGUGGCCAGGUUUGCUGCUGCAGCCACCCAACAACAGACGGCUUCUCAAUAUUUCGUGCUCUUGAUCAUCACUGAUGGUGUCAUCACAGACCUUGAUGAGACCAGACAAGCCAUAGUUAACGCUGCCAAACUGCCCAUGUCCAUCAUCAUUGUGGGAGUGGGAGGAGCUGACUUCAGUGCUAUGGAGUUUCUGGACGGUGAUGGUGGAAGUCUCCGCUCCCCAUCGGGAGAGGUAGCCAUCAGAGAUAUCGUCCAGUUUGUGCCUUUCAGACAGUUCCAGAACGCUCCAAAGGAAGCGCUUGCUCAGUGUGUCUUGGCAGAGAUUCCCCAGCAGGUGGUGGGCUACUUCAACACAUACAAGCUCCUUCCUCCCAAGAAGCAAGCUGCAGCAUAAAAGGAGCUGUGCCUACCUCAACAGAAUCCUUGCGCCGUGUGGAGCAAGGGCGUCUCUUACCCAACAUCAUAAUCUGCUGUGUUACAUGCAUAUCACAUGCCACGCUCUCGGCAUUUGCAGUGUAAACCUGGCUCUCUGUAUUGUGUCUGUUACGUAAAUUUUAUGCUUUCUGGGGGGACGGUGCCAAACCCACCUUUGCCAGUGAAUUUAAUGGUUGCUAAUGGUUUAUGGUAAUUGCAGUGAGACUAUUUGAAUUAGAAAUUAGUGUGGGGAAAGCUGAUUUUGUUGCUGUUGACUUUCAUAGGAUGAAAAUGUUGGUUUAAGAUGUUUCCUAGUAGAAAGAAUGAAAUUCCUGGGAUGGUGUUGUUUGCCACAUUUUAUUUGCAGCUAAUGUUUAAUGUGCUGAUGUCCAUACCUGAUUAUGAGAGCUUAACAUUGAUGCCAUUUAACUUGUUCCUUAAUGUUGGAUCUAGUCCUUUUGUUUUGGGGGCAGAAAUUGCUCUUAUUUGGUACUUGUUUGGUUGCCACAAUUUAACCACUGCACAGUUUAUAAAAUGAUUUGUACUCAGCUGAGAUCUCUUGAAAAAGAAAGGCGCAGGCACACUUUAAAACACACAGUGAGCAAGUCAAAAGCACCUCACUUGAGUAAGCCGCUUUCUGUUGCCUUUCUUGAUCUUUCAUUUUUAUUACGAUUCAUUUCAUUGGCUGA